AUGGGAGCUCCAGGCUACUACUUCCGAGAUGGAGGUACAACACCAACAGACGAAAUCAAUCCCAAUUCAGAGUUUCGAGCACGUCUUACCAGAGCGACGAGGCCCCCAACAGCAAGCAGUCGAGGUCCUCUUGGUCAGGAAACAUCAACAUCGCAUAUCUUAGCUACACAAGGCAAUGUUAAAGGCGCUGUUCACGAGGCCGGUAAGGAAGAUCAUAUCACCAACUUGGGAUGGCAGAAGAAUGCUAAAGGAGUAGAUCAACUGGUCGCUGGACUAGACAAUGACGAUUUGUGGAUGCUCAUUAGGAGAUUCAACAAGCAAACCUUUCACGUCAAAGCGAUUCCUCAAGCACCACCAGGAGGUCUUGACCUCAAUAUUGCCGACGAGGAUGAAUUCUCCCCAAUAAAGCUCCGAGCCAAUAUCGAAAGACUAUAUAUGACUGUGAUUGUUGGUUUGGUUGCUGCUUUCAAACACGUCGUUCGUCUGCGCUCAUGGCGCGAGCCGAGGAGAACUGCCGGCUUCGCUGGUGUCUACGUUCUUGCGUGGGUACUCAAUUUGGUCCUGCCUACCCUUCUCACCACCAUCAUCGUCCUUAUCACAGUACCUGAGGCUCGAGAUUUCCUGUUUCCACCUGCGCCUAUCGCUCUGGUCAAUAGCAAAACCGGUGGAGUACAAACGCCUAAAGCUGGAGUAUUGGGCAGUCAUGACAGUGUUACUGGUGCACCAGAAAAGUACAAAGGCGAAGCCGUCGAGCAAGAAGCCUCGAACCUCGUCUCUAGUGUCGCUACCGUUGCUAUCUCUAGUGCUGCUGGUCGUCAUGACCAAGGCGAACCUGACCAUGAAAAGUCUGGAAGCAAGAAAUUAGACAAGCAUGCGCCAGAUCCAACCUCAAUGGCAACAAGUCUAGCAGAUGCCUCAUCUGCUGCUUCUGGUGGACAACCUGACGCGCAUAACGACAAGACGAAACAGCCCAUGGAGGAUGCUGUUUGGGCCAAAAUGAGGCCUGCGAUGCACAUCGUGGGAGAUAUUGCAGACGGCUGGGAACGUUUCGCCAAUGCUCUUUCGCCUGUCCCGCCAUUUGACGAGAAUAAACGCCUGCAACUUGGCGCCAUCUUUGCUCCCUUGCUGCUUCUUUCGUUGUUCCUCAAAGCUGCAUGGGUUGUGAGAGGUGGCUGGUUUAUUGGGGGUGCUAUCUUCUUUACAGACCCUCUCCAGCAGCGUGGUAUCGCCUUGUUGAACGAGAAGAUUCCAGACUGGCCAAAAUAUCUCGAACUCCGCAAUACUUUACUCAAAGGCGUACCUACGAAUGCACAGCUUACAAUCACUCUUCUACGUAUUGGCGAAGCUAAUCGUGCACCACUUAUCCCUCCACCUAGCUCCGCAGAGCCUCCACCGGAACAGCCAGCCGAACUCGAUAAACAGGCACUCACUGAAAAUGGACUUGAUGCAUCUCAUUCCGAGAUUGAGGAUGCCAUUACAGUUGACCGACCAUCUAGUGCAGAAGGUGGCUCGGCACACGCCAAUGACGCGGGUGCUACCCCAAAAAAGAAGUCUGGUAUUGGGGCGAAGAUUGUGUCUGCAUUCAAACACACUACUGGCGCAGGCAUAGAAACAAAACUCACCGCAGACAAUGCGCGUGCGGCUUUGGGGUCUACGCAUGCUAAGCAGAAACUCGGCAUCCUGCCUACUAAAGCUGAGAUGCAACGCAAGCCGAAGGAAGGACCUGUCGAGUUCAAAGGUCGCCACAAUGGUCGAAGAGGUGCAGUCUAUGUCGACAGUUCUAUUUCACCUGCCACUGCCGAUGGUCAUCCAGAAUCGCCGUGCGUGUAUUUUUCUACCGAUCUAGAUGGUGACGAGAUUGUUGAAUCUAUUUCACCGAAGAAUCUAAAGUGGGCUGUGCCUAUCAAGGACAUCAAAGAGAUCAAGAAAAUAGGUGGCUUAGGUUGGAAAGCGCGCAUCAUCGUUGGUUGGGCCACAGAUAGAGAGAUCAAAGACAGUAUCGUUAUUACUGACAAGUACGGGAAGGAGUACAAAGCCACGGCACUGGCUGAGCGAGACGAGCUGUUCAAUCGGCUUCUGGCUAUGGGCCAGCAAGUCUGGGAAGCAUACUAA